AUGUCGAUUGGGAACAUUUUUUUAUUUCACGAUGGAGAUGAUUUAUUAAAUAUCGAAUCCAUUUGUGAGAUUGAUUUCUUACCAAAAUCAUUAAAGAUUUAUAAAGAUUUUGCUAAGUUAUCCGAUGACAUUGAAAACACAAAUGACGAUCAACAAAUUCUUCUUAUUACAUUGGAUUGUUCGUGCCGUCAAAUGUUGAAUAUGAAACAAAUCGUACGUAUUUACGCCAUCGAAUUUCAACCAUCAUCAACUGCGAAAAUUACGGUAGAAGAAAAAGCAAAAUGUAUAUCUAAUUCAUCUAUUGUAAUUCCUGCAAUGUAUUCAACGAAACAGAGCGAUAUAACGAUCACAACUUGGUCCACCACAAGAUUAAGUCUAAGCAAUUCGUAUAUCCUAACUGCCUCAAUUUUUAUUGGAAACAUCCUAUUCUCUUUGAAUGAAUUACAAGCAAGUACUUAUUGGUUUCUCCUUUUCAGACAAAUAAUCAAAAACAUUCAUGAAAAUAUUUUAUUUUUAACUCUACAAAAUCCAUUGAUAGACUUUUAUAUAAAAUGCUUGAAAAGGUCGUUGCAAUCUCAUCCCAAGGAACAUGAUCUAGCAAUGAGUGGAUAUCGUUUCGUUUCUCAACUUCACAUAUUACGUUGCGAAGAUUUUUUUCUCAUCGAAUCAUACAACUGUCUAAUAGAUGGAUUUUUCAAAAAAUAUGAUGUUAAUGAUCACUUUUAUUUACUUGAUUUAGCUGCUCAGUUCAAUGAACGAACAGAAAAGAUUUACAAAUCAUUAGCAUUAAAUAUUUACUUUCAGGUAAUAACUAAAACCCAAUCUAUGGAAACUCCUAAUCAGAAAAUUCCCUAUGACAAACUGGGACGUAUUUUCUCAACAAUCGCUGUGAUUUAUAAAGAAAGAGGAAUGUACGGCAUGGCUCUUCAUUACAGUAAUCAAGCUGUUCAACAAUAUCUCAAACACGAUCCAUGUUCUCCGCCGAUCGAUGUUUAUAUAUUUCGAGCAGUUCUUCGAGCAAUGCUUUGGAAAGUAACUAAAUCGAAAUUUCACCUUAGUGCAGGUUUAGAUGAUUUAAAAGAAAUUGAUAAAAAUGAACGUUGUACCGAUAGGGAUUAUUUGUUUAACAUGUUUCUUAUUUAUCUUGAUUUACAACGAUAUCCAUUUGCAUUGGAUUGUCUUGAUCGAGCUUUACUUCAACCUGACAAUGAUUCUCAACGAAUUAUUGAUAUAUAUCGGGGACGUGGUUUACUUUAUUUUCUAUUAGAACAAUUCGAUUUGGCCAUAGAAAACUCUUACAAAGCCCUUCAAUCGUGUUCGGAAACAAAUCAACAACAUCAAGCGAUUAUACAUGUGGCUUUAGCGGUCAUAUAUGAACGAAUAGAGAAUUGGAAUCAAGUCAUAGAACAUCUUCAACAAGCUUUGUUAAUAUAUGAACAAAAUAAUGAAAACAAUGGAUUUUUAAAAGAUUAUCCAUUGGCUGAAAUCAGUCAUCGUCGUUUAGUAAUAGCUUAUACGAAAACUCAAAAUAUGCAAUUAGCAAAUAUUCAUAAACAACAAGCAGUUAUUGAAAAAGAACGAACAAUUCGAUUGAAUUUUCCAACCUAUCCCAACGAUAUGGAUGGAUUUGCUUUGAUGUGUUUUAUUAGACAAGUUUGGCCCAAUGAAAAUUUUCAAAUUCCACGUGAACUUUCCAUUUGA